GGCAGCAGCGGCAGAGCACGCGAAGGAACCAAAGAGCCACUGCCCGCUGCAGCACUCACGAACUGGAGAAGUCUCUUUGUGCCGUGCGAAGCUUAGUGGAGAGACAACGAGAAGCCAAAACAAGGAAGCAGCAGAACCAUGUGCAACACCACACCCUCCUCUCCUCCCUCUUUCCCCUUCGAUACGAACUCUCAUCUCUUAAGUACCCACAAGCUCCGUAUGGAGGAUCUCCCUCUCGAACCCCUUGACCAAGACCUCCACAGAUGCCCCGGUCUUGCAGAGGCGGCAGAGGAAAUGAGGGCCAUAGGGAAGAUCUCUAUCCCCACGGCUCUAACUGGCCUCGUCCUCUACUCGCGCGCCAUGAUAUCGAUGCUUUUCCUUGGCGGCCUCGGCCAGCUCGAGCUGGCGGGCGGCUCCCUGUCGAUCGGGUUUGCGAACAUCACUGGCUACUCCGUCCUCUUCGGCCUCGCCAUGGGCAUGGAGCCCAUUUGUGGCCAGGCCUUCGGCGCCAAGCAACGCAAGCUCCUCGGUCUCACUCUGCAACGGACCAUUCUGCUCCUGCUUUCGGCGUCCAUCCCAAUCGCCUUCCUUUGGCUCAAUAUGAAGAGAAUCCUCUUGUGGUGCGGGCAGGAUGAGCGGAUCUCCUCCACCGCCCACAUCUUCAUUACAUUCGCGAUUCCUGACCUCUUCUUCUUGUCAGUUCUCCACCCUCUUCGCAUCUACCUGAGAUCUCAAAACAUCACCUUUCCGGUCACGUACUGCUCGCUCGUCUCCGUCGUCCUCCACUUGCCGUUGAACUAUCUCCUCGUCGUGCAUCUCAAAAUGGGUAUCGCGGGCGUGGCCCUGGCGAUGGUCUGGACCAAUUUGAACCUGUUCAUAUGCUUGCUUCUCUUCGUCCUGUGCUCUGGCGUGUGCAAGGACUCGUGGGUGAGGCCGAGCAUGGACUGCCUCAGGGGUUGGUCGACGUUGCUCAAGCUCGCCGCACCGUCGUGCGUGUCCGUGUGCCUCGAGUGGUGGUGGUACGAGUUCAUGGUACUGUUCAGCGGCCUGCUGGCCAACCCCAAGGCAGCAGUUGCUUCCAUGGGGAUACUUAUCCAGACUACGUCCUUGGUGUACGUCUUCCCGUCGGCGUUGAGCCUAGGGGUGUCCACCCGGGUCGGCAACGAGUUGGGAGCUAACCGUCCGGCCAAGGCCCGGACCGCGGCCGUGGUAUCCUUGGCGUGCGCCGUCCUGCUCGGGCUCGCAGCGAUGGUCUUCACGACUUCGAUGAGGCAUCAAUGGGGGAGGCUGUUCACAAACGACGCAGAGACUCUGAAGCUCACAGCAUUGGCGCUGCCAAUCGCCGGGCUGUGUGAGCUCGGGAAUUGCCCACAGACCACUGGGUGCGGCGUGCUAAGGGGGAGCGCGAGGCCGACCACCGGGGCCAACAUCAAUCUGGGCUCCUUCUACUUGAUCGGACUGCCUGUUGCCAUACUGCUGAGCUUCGUCGGGAAAAUGGGGCUCCCGGGGCUGUGGCUGGGGCUGCUGGCGGCGCAGGCGUCGUGCGCGGCCAUCAUGGCAUACGUGCUCGCCGGCACAGAUUGGAGGAUGGAGGUGGAGAGAGCCAGAGAACUGACAAGAGCUUCUAAUUCUUCUCCUCCUCCUCCUCCUAUCGCUCCCAUCACUGCUGAUACUAGUGGCAUCAACAGUGUUCUAUCACGUUCCACCAGUGAAGACAAAAAGAGGGCAGCUGCACUGGAAGGGAUUUUGUGCAUGAAUGGCGAUGUGAAGAGGGUGAGUAGUUCUGAAACAGAUCAUCUCAUUUCCUAUGUGUAAUGAGUGCACAAAUUCUUGUGUCUUUGCCCUUAAAACCUUCUCUAUUUCCUUCCUUCUUUUCCUAUUCUAAUCUGAUGUAUGGUUUGAGAAUUAUACAUGAAUCUAAUAUGUCCAUCUUGGUAACCCUGAGAAGGUCAUUUCUUCCCAAGGAUACGCAGUUCCCAUCGGAGAGCAGAUGGGACUUCUCGAGUAGAGGUACAUGCAGAAUCCAGCACGCAAAUGUCACCAUCUUCAAGUGAAGUUGCACAAGUACUGCAGGUGAUUGCAGAAGUACUCUUCCUACUCGUGUUCUUUGAUAACUCCCAUGGCAGCUGACUCUUUAAGCAUUCCCAAAGCUGUCCUCCUAAUGAUACACCGAUAGUUCAACAAAUUGGUAAAAGCUUAGAGCACCAUCAUGAGAUGCCUGUGAAGUAAACAACCUUAUCAUCCCUGUACCUCCUCCACCAACUGGAACUCACCAUUAAAUCUUGGAACUUGUGGUGCUCUUCUAAGUACUCAAUUUGCUGGAAUGGUCGAAAGAACUCCCACAUGCAAAAAUAUAGAGGGAAAACCAAGUAUCGUCAUCAUCAUCAUCAUCAUCAAGCACCAUGUCACUGCAGCUUUCCUGUUCUUUUGGCACUAGAAAUCUAUUAAUUACAGUGAGGGUGGAUCAUUGGUGGAGAUGCUGAGUUCGGUGGGGCAUGGGCUGCUGCAAAAGAAGAAACAGGGGAGGGGGAGGCGACUAAAAAAGAUCACAUCGCCACUAUUGUUUAUAUAGGCUUCUGGUUGGACUUUCGAGUGUCAUGUCAAUACCGGAGCUGAAGCAGAGUGGGUCAGUGCUGUGCUGCGCUGCUGCUCCUCCAAGCGUUCAAAAGAAGGGAUGAUGGGGAGCUUGGAGGGCAGCGCCACCUGUGUUCUUGCCUUAGGGCUGACGAGGCUACCACGCUAGGAGGAUUCAUCACUGCCAACCCCAUGUCACCAUGUUCUCCUUCUCAUAUUCUAUUACUCCGGCAUGGUUCUUUUGGAAGACUUGAGCUGGAGCCCGGAGGUGGCGUUGGCUGUUGCAUCGGUGAAAAAGAAGACCACUAUCUCUCCACCGCCACCUCAAGAUGGGGCAAGAAACAUGCGAAUUCAAACCCAUUGAACAAGGUGGCGUGCUACACUGCAAAGCAAUGGUGAUCUGAUCUCAUGGCGACUGGAGAGAAGGGUGCCACGCAAGGUG